UCCCUCCCUCCAAUGGCGCCCGCGCCCACCACCCCCUCCUUCCUCCGCCCUCCGCCGGCGCUACCCCACCAUCGCGUCCGCCUCCCCGCGCCUCCUCCCUCCGCGUCCUUCCGCCUCGCCGAAAUCCUCGGCGGCCGCGGCCUCUGCAACGGCGAGGUCGGCAUCCGCAAGGAGCUCUCCUCGCCCAGCCCGCCUCCUCCGUCCACGCCCACGCCCAGAGAAUCAUCCUCGCCAGGCACCGCAGAUGAGCCGCCAGCCGUCGACCCGGACGCUUUCGAGAAGGAGAUGAUGGGCCUCACGGGCGGCUUCCCCGGCGGCGAGGUCGGGCUCAAGGACUUCGUGGCCAAGAACCCGCCUCCUCGUCCCCCCAAGAAAGCCCAGCCGGCCUCCCCCACGGCCGCGGUUCCGGCGGAGCGGCCGAGGGCGCCGGAGCUGCCGCUGUUCCUCCCGGGCAUGGUGGUGCUGGUCAAGAACCCCAUGAACGCCUACCACAUGUACUGCGGGAUCGUGCAGCGCGUCACCGACGGGAGGGUCGGCGUGCUCUUCGAGGGGGGCAACUGGGACAGGCUCAUCACCUUCGGCGUCGGCGAGCUCGAGGGCAGGGAGAAGGGCCCGCCCAUGGUGAACCCCAAGUCGGUGGUGCUCGAGGCGCUCGUCGGGGACGAUGAGGAGGAGGCCGAGAAGAAGAAGCAAGCGGAAGGCGCCGCCGCAAAGGCCUGAUGUACCAUGUGCUUCAGCUUCUUCUUGUUCUUGUAUCUAUGUGUAUGUAUGUGCAAGCCCUGUGUAUAUGUGUAUAUCUACUUGAGAUCUUGCAAAGUUGAGAGCGAGUCUGAACUCUGAUUCGCUAAACUGCACAUGUCACAUGGUAAUGAUGCUGGCAUGCUGCUUAUUGUACACUACACCGUUUUACUGUUGUUCCCGCUGGUCAUGCUACAUACUCCCUCUAA